GUGGGGAGUCAGUCGGUGCUAAUCGAUAAGAAAAUAUUUAACUAAUGUCUUGUGGCGGACAAGCGAGCGGUCGGCCUGCAAAUCUUGGCAAGAAUUUUUUUGGCUGAGCUUGGACAGAGCUACCAUUCGACACUUCUCCAAUUCACGUUUGCCCAGCAAUCAAGCAGAAUUACUUUUCCUUUCUCCAAGUAACGAAUACUCUCAAGCAUUGCAUAAAUUUUAGAUAAGAAACUUGUCCUGCGCCGAUUCACGAUGGCAGCAGUGACAAAAGCCUUGGCGCAAUCCGGGCAAAAGCGAUCACCACAAGACAUCAUCGCAGCCCGGGAAGGAAAGAAACGCCUGGUCGAGGCGACGCAGAAGUAUGGCCGCGGCAAAGCAGUACGAUUGAAGGGGAUCAAGGACAAAAAACUUCGCGGGAAUCUUAGAGCCGUGGAAGAUCGAUACCAAACAGCUGCACUCAGAGCGAAAGAUGCGGAGAUCCUCUUGGAAAACGACGGCGGGUUUCUCGAGCCUGAAGGCGAGCUGGAAAAGACGUACAAGGUUAGGCAGGACGACAUUAAAGAAAACAUCGGGAUCGAAGUAGCCAAGAAAGGCUUCGAGUUAAAGCUGGAGGAUUUUGGGCCGUAUCGCGCCGAUUAUACUCGCAAUGGCAAGAACCUGCUGUUGGCUGGGAGGAAGGGCCAUAUCGCGACUAUGGACUGGCGAGCUGGGAAGUUAGGUUGUGAGUUGCAGCUUGGGGAAACGAUCCGUGAUGCGAAAUGGUUGCAUAACAAUCAAUACUUUGCGGUUGCGCAACAGAAAUAUGUCUACAUCUACGAUCACUCCGGCGCGGAACUCCACUGUCUCAACAAACACGUCGAAGCUCGGUACCUGGAAUUCUUGCCAUAUCAUUUUCUUUUAGCUAGUGCUGCAACCAGUGGCUUCCUAAAAUAUACCGACACAUCGACAGGACAAUUGGUGGCGGAAUUACCAACUCGACUGGGAUCACCUACAUCUUUAUGCCAAAACCCUUGGAAUGCAAUCUUACACGUGGGACAUCAAAACGGCACAGUAAGUCUGUGGUCACCGAACUCACAAACCGCUCUUGUGAAAGCCCUUGUCCAUCGUGGACCAGUACGGUCAAUGGCUAUCGACCGACAAGGCAGAUAUAUGGUCUCAACAGGGCAAGACAUGAGAAUGAACGUCUGGGAUAUACGCAUGUUCAAGUCGAUUCAUUCAUACUCUUGUUAUCAACCGGGAGCAAGCGUUUCUAUUAGCGAGCGUGGUCUUACUGCUGUCGGCUGGGGAACAAAAGUCAGUGUCUGGAGAGGACUUUUUGACGCGGCCGCGGCCAAUGAAGAGAAAGUACAAAGCCCCUACAUGUCGUGGGGUGGCGAUGGACAACGUAUCGAGACCGUUCGGUGGUGCCCAUUCGAGGAUGUAUUAGGUGUUACUCAUGACAAGGGAUUUGCCAGCGUAAUCGUUCCUGGUGCAGGCGAACCAAAUUUCGACUCCAUGGAAGUCAACCCAUACGAAACCAUCAAACAGCGCCAGGAAGCAGAAGUUAAGGCAUUACUGAACAAGCUCCAGCCUGAAAUGAUAUCAUUGGACCCCGAUUAUAUCGGAAAGAUCGACAACGUUACCGAAACGAAACGCCGUGAAGAGCGACAAGAAGAGCAGAAACCAGAGGACGCAAUUGAGAAACUUAAGAACCGUGGCCGCGGUCGCAAUAGUGCUCUCAGAAAGUACCUUCGAAAGAAAGGCAAGACCAAUGUUAUCGACGAGAAGCGUCUCAAGGCGGAGGCUUUGCAGAGCGAGCGUAAAUCUCGACAAAAUGAAGCCCUUCAGAAUCAACGACAGGAGCUCGGACCUGCUCUCUCUAGAUUUGCUUCAAAAAAAGAUUCCUAGAGCAUGGUUCGUUGGUUUUAUGCACAGUUUGUGGUCUCAGUUUCUAGACACUCGUUGGAUACCCGGCGUUCUUGAAAAAUUGGGCGUUAUUUGUAACUUCUUGCUCAGAGGCACUUGCAUACUAGGAGUUGGCUUGAUUAUUUCUGUAGUAUAUGCUAAUUAAAUCCUAGUUUAUACCAAUCAAUGGACCAAGG